AUGCCGAGGUGUCAGAAAAUAUUCAUUUCUCGAUUUGGUUCUCGAGAUAUCCGAACAGCCAUGAUGUUCUUAUCAGCUCUUAUUUCUACAACACUUUUUGUAUUCGCCAAUGCUUGUGGCGAUUCUUCUUCAUCUUGUUCAAGUUGGGUCAAAAAUGGUUUCUGCUCCUCAACAUUCUACACAACCGCCCAAAAGACAUCUUAUUGUGGAACAUCUUGUGGAUUGUGUAGCAGCAGUGCAACAACAACAGCUUCUUCAUCAUCUUCAUCCUGUACUGAUGCUCAAUCUGCGUAAGAUUUCAAUCAGAUCUGAGCAAUUUAAUUAAUUGUCAAUACCUUUUCAGUUGUACUUCAUGGGCUGCAAAUGGUUUCUGUACCAAUUCAUUCUACACUGUAGCUGUCCGAACUCAAUAUUGUGCCAAAACUUGCAACCUUUGCACAUCUACAACCGCAUCUUCAAGUGAUUCUACUGAUAGUUCUGAUUCAUCUGAUGAUUCAAGUGAUACAACAGCUGCUUCUGCAACCACUACAACAACAGCCACUUCUUGCACAGAUUCCGCUUCGGCAUGUUCUUCGUGGGUUGCAAAUGGAUAUUGUACCAACUCAUUCUACACCGAUGCCCAAAGAAAACUCUAUUGUGCCAAAUCUUGCAGUUUGUGUUAA